AUGAGGCCGUGCAGCUGUCACCAUGCACACCAGCUCAGCUCAUUCUUGUGGGUUCAGCCUCGAGACCUCCAAACUGAGCCAAAGACAAAAUCCAUUUUAAACCAUUAACAGAGCUGUAAAUCAUUUGUUCAUCACGUGACUGACUGCUUCAGAAGAACUUCAGAGCACCUUUCCCCUAUAAUGACAGAUAAAGUGACAGAGCUGGUCUCAAGGUGCCUGCAGGCUCGGGACCUGGCAUACUGUCCCUACAGCCGCUUUGCUGUCGGUGCCGCUAUCCUAACAGCAGAGGGCGCUAUAAUCACAGGUUGUAAUGUGGAGAAUGCCUCGUUUGGUCUGACGGUGUGUGCUGAGAGGACGGCCAUCCAGAGAGCUGUAGCUGAAGGACACAGGCAGUUCACCGCCAUCGCUGUCACCUGUGAUGUCAAAGAGAGUUUUGUUGGACCGUGUGGAGCGUGCCGACAGGUUCUCAUGGAGUUCCUCUCUCCACAGUUUGGAUCAGACUGGACGGUGUACUUAACUAAGCUGGAUGGAUCCUACAAAGAGACUCAUCUCAGUGAACUGUUGCCUUUUGCAUUUUCUCCUGCACACCUCACAAAGAACUAAUCAAACUGCCGCAUCUUCCUCUGAUCACAGAAAAGUUUCAGUGUCAAUGUACGAGGCCAAAAAUUAAAGAAAAACAUUUUGUUCUGGGGAAAUUAUAAGCCUGUUUCCACUAUCAGAACUUGCAGCUGCUUUUAUUGGACCUUCAUGGGAGGCACGCGUCACCUUUGUAACUGUUUGGCCACUUUUCAAAUCUUUUCAGGAAACAACCAAUUACCUGAACUGGGGAUGUACUCAGAAAUAGCCCAGGAGAGUCACUGGGCAGGACUUGUGGUGAACUCAUUGGUUGUAAAACAAAGACAUCAGCAGAUGUUGCCAAACAACAGGGGUGGACUGGGACCAAAAUUCGGCCCUGGUAUUUUUACAAAUUGUCGGCCCUCCCCAUUGGGAGAGCGGUGGAAGUGGGGGGACUCGUCUCUAGGCCGAAUGUGAAAUCUAAUAUGGACUGGGACUGUUAAAUUACAAGCAGGUUCUGACUGCUGUGACCGGGAGCCCUGGCCUUCCAGAUCAGCUCAUUCUCCAGGGGCGGAGAUCAGCGGGACAUUAGCUACAUGCUAACGCGGUAAAACAACUCCUACGUCAUCGCUCUACCGUGUUUUUCUUGCUAAAACUGCCUGGAAAAACUCUGUUAGCUUCGGGUUACCAUGUAGCUAAUGUUCUGCAGAUCACCAAGUGUGGAGUAGUGUCGGCCCAAGCUGGGCAAGCAGCCCACUUGGCUAAGCGGCCCACCGGGACAGUGCCAGAAUGCCAGAUAGGCCAGACCACCCCGCCAUCCAACCUGCAUUUGUAAAAUUGGAAGAGUUGCUGGUGAAAUUGAAUGGAAGAAACAGAAAAUGCAUAGUUUUGAUGCCACUUUAAAAUAGCGGUUUCUAAAGUCCCAAUGAGAAAAAAAUGCGUUGAAUUCACUCACAGUGCCGGGAUUGACUCUGUUUUGCGGGCUCCCACAGAGUGCUGUAAAACAGAUGUUCCUUCAGUGAAUUGAACGCCGUUUUUUUACAUCACACAACUUUUCUUCCCGUCAAUGAUGACAGAAUGACAGAAUAAAAACCUAAGUCCGUUGACACAUUUUGGUGCUGAUAAGUGAUGUCACUCACUGUCAAAACGGUCACAAUGACAUCUUACCAAAGUCUAUAAAGGGCCCCUUUCAUGGAGACACAACGGGUGAAGGGCCAACGCCAUCGUACUUUCCCAAAACGCCUAUAGUGGAAACACGGCUCUUUGUGUUUACUGUUUUUUUUUAUCAUUUUAGUUGCUAUGAAUGUGAACUUUGCGUAAAUUACCAAACAUGUUUCCUACAAAAAUGCAGGUCAGAAAGGUGAACAAUUUCCUAAACCACAGAGAUGAAUUGUUUUGCUUCGAUUUUCUUCAAAAUGUUAUUUGAAACGACUAAAACAGAAAAGUUACACCAUGGUGCUUGAAGCGCUUUCAGAUGCAUGGAAGUUUUUUAUAGUUUCUUGUUACUUGAUUUACACCAAAUGUAAAUUACCUAAAAACUGGUUAGAAAACUCAUGUGUUAUACUGCAAAAAAUAAAAUAUAAAAUGAUUAA